GGCCUCCUAAAAAUGGAAAUUUAGGUACACAAGACUGCUUUUAAAAUGAAAACCAUAGGCCUAUGAAUACAAAACCGUUAUAACGGUUUUUCUGAAUCUGACCUGUUCAAACAGAAUCUCCCUCUCUUUCUGUCUAGGCAUCUCUCAUUCUCUGGCUCAUUUUGCUCCCAUCCUCCUGAACAAAAAAGAAAAAGAAAACAAAACACACACACACACACACAUACACAAAAGAAAAAGGAAAACUAGUUACACAAAAACCCAUCUAUGCACACCAUGCAGAGGGCACAACAAAUCAAGCAAAGACGUACAGCAAGCAAAACGAAGAAGACGCAAAAGAUCGCAGCAUUUAAUUCUACACCGGCCAUAGCUGUCGAAUUCUCAGGCUAAUUAUGGCCGUGGUUAGGCUUCUCCUCCUUCGGCCAUAUGAUCAUCUCAUUAUUUUCUCUGUAAUUUUCUUGGUGAUUUUCUCUCCCAUGACACAUUCUCUUACCGAAGCCGAAGCUUUGUUGAAGCUCAAGAAUUCGUUUACUAAUGCACAGGCUCUUAAUUCUUGGGUGCCUGGAACCGUGCCUUGCACGGGAAAGACCGUAUGGAAAGGGCUAGUCUGUUUCAAUGGCAUUGUCACGGGCCUUCGUCUAGGAGGACUUGGUUUAUCAGGGGUGAUAGAUGUGAAUACCCUUCGGGAAAUCAAGGCUCUUCGUACUAUUAGCUUCGUCAACAAUUCCUUUUCGGGUUCCAUACCCGAUUUCCAUCAACUUGGUGCUUUGAAAGCAAUCUACUUGUCAGGAAAUCAGUUUUCGGGUGAGAUUCCAUCAGACAAUUUUGCACAAAUGGAUUCGUUGAAGAAACUGUGGCUCUCAGAUAACAAAUUCACUGGCAACAUUCCGUCUUCGUUGUCUCAACUUUCCCACCUUAUUGAAUUACAUCUUGAAAACAACCAGUUCAGUGGAACCAUUCCCGAAUUCAACAUACCAACUUUGGUGUCACUCGACUUGUCCAACAACAAAUUAGAAGGUGAAAUACCCGACAGUUUGUCGAAAUUCAAUGCGAGUUCUUUCUCAGGAAAUGCCGGUCUCUGUGGUGAAAAAUUGGGCAUUGAUUGUAAACAAAAGGCUGCAGAGCCACCUACCAGUAAUGAAAAUGCAGAUUCAAUGGAUGACGAAGAUGAUCAUUCGAAGAAGAUUAUUGCUUCGGCAAUUACAAUUGGAGUUGUGCUUCUUUCUUUAGUCAUAUGGUUGAUUAUCAGAUCAAAGCGAAAAGGGGAAGAAGAUUUUGACAAUUUCAAAAAGGCAAAUAAUGCAGAGGAAGCUGCUAUAGUCUCUGUCCAUGUAACAACGCUAAAUAAGAAAGAAGUUGAGUCGGUUAAAAAGGUAGCACAUAGCGCAAGCCGCAAAGGAUCAAUCCGUGGAAAAAGCAGUGUUAGUGGGAUUGGAGAGCUAUUUAUUAUGAACGAUGAAAAGGGUGUGUUUGGUUUAUCAGAUUUGAUGAAAGCUGCAGCAGAAGUACUUGGAAAUGGAGGAUUGGGUUCGUCAUACAAGGCUGUCAUGGCUAAUGGAGUAGCAGUGGUAGCGAAGAGGAUGAGAGAAAUGAACGCAAAAGGGAAAGAUGAAUUCGAUGCAGAGAUUGCGAAACUUGGGAAGCUAAGACACUGGAAUGUUUUGCCUCCUAUAGCUUACCAUUACAGGAAAGAAGAGAAGCUGAUUAUUUACGAGUUCAUUCCGAAAGGAAACUUGCUCUAUCUACUGCAUGGUGAUCGUGGACCGUCUCAUUCAGAACUCAAUUGGCCAGCGCGUUUAAGAAUUGUUCAAGGAAUAGCAAAAGGGUUAGCUUAUCUUUAUACGGAAUUCGCUUCCUCCGAUUUACCCCACGGAAAUCUCAAAUCGAGCAACGUACUUCUCGGACCAGAUUACGAGCCAUUGAUUUCCGAUUUCGGAUUCAGCCCAUUGAUAAACUCUGCGAAUCUAUCACAAGCAUUGUUCGCUUACAAAUCCCCAGAAGCUAUACAAUUCGGCAAAGUAUCGCGCAAAUCGGACGUGUAUUGUCUAGGAAUCGUCAUCCUCGAAAUCCUCACCGGGAAAUUCCCUUCUCAAUAUCUCGGCAACGGCAAAGGCGGAACCGAUAUCGUACAGUGGGUCGCAUCGGCAAUUUCGGAAGGAAGAGGGACCGAAUUGUUAGAUCCAGAAAUUUCGAGCUCGAAAAAUUCACUGGGCGAGAUGGAAAAGCUUCUCAUUGUGGGUUCAGCUUGCGCAGAAAGCGAUCCUGAACGAAGAUUAGAGAUGAUGGAGGCCAUUAGAAGAAUACAGGAAGUACAAGUCGAAGGAAGCCGAGACGGUAGGGAGAUGCAUUUGCAACCGUCGCUCCGAGACGGCUAUGGGGAUUGUUCCACGGCUCUGCAGCCGCAGACCCAUACGAUAAGUUUGAAAGAUGGGUUUGGGGAAGUCUCGGCCGAGACGAAACUUGAAUCGGGAAGGUAUUUAGACGGACCUGGGAGUCAAAACGCUGAUAAUUUUGCAUUUCCAAUCUCUUAACAGUGACGGUAAUAUUUUUGGUUUUGGUUAAUUUCUAAUCCCGCUUCUGGGGGCUCUGUUUUUAGACUUUUGUGCAUAGAGGAAACGCAAAAAAAAAAAAAAAAAAAACAAGGAAGUGAUUAAUGUCCUGUAUACAAAUUUAACUCUUUUAACAGUUUACUUUUUCUUUUGAGACUGUAGAGUUUGGCUUAAUUGUUUAAAUCCUUUUUUUAUUAAUCAAACAGAUUGGCAAAAUGUGCAUGUUU